UAAUCAAAUGUUUAAGUUUUUAAAAAUAGCCACAAUAUUAGUAGAUUAGGGAAUUUACCUCCCAGGGGAGGCAAAUUGUUAACAUUCUUUAUCAAGUUCCUAGAAUUCCUCUGCCAGAAAUUGUAUAAAUAUUCAAGCUAACGCAAAGUAACUAAGUUUCUCCGCCAUGGCUGACCAAGUUCAAGGUAAAAAAAUGGGUGGUCCCAGCAAGAAACCUUUGACAGAAGCCCAGGAAACAAAUGCUACCCAGAAACUCAAAUUUGAGGGAAUUGAUUUGAAAAAUAUAGGCCACCAAGGCGUACCUCUUCCAAAUCCCCGAAGGGUUACCAUGGUUCAGCCGUUCAAAUUCAAAGGCAGCAUUGUGGAUCGGCGGGCAACUGGAAUAUUUGAAGCUGAAGCAGGGUCUCAAUCGCAGGGAGACAACCAGAUUCAAGCUGGCAAUUCAAAGAAUGUACCUCCUGUGCAUGUCAAGGAAGAAAUUCCAUUUGGUUUUGAAGCCCAGACCAAGCAGAAAAAAGUAAAUGCGGAUGAGCAAAAUUUGGAUAAAGAUUCUCACGAUCAAUUUGAUGCAAAAGCUGCUAAAAAGAAGGAGUCACGUGGAUUCAACUCUUUCAUGGCUCGUCAACUUGGAGCCAUGCCACUGGAAACUGCUAAUCGUGCAGUCACAAUUCAAGAUUUACGUCGAGCAGUGGCUCAGGCCGAAAAGGAGGAACAGAUUUUGCGAGCUGAGGAAAAGCGAUGGUUGGAAUCCAAGGCUGCAAUUGAAUUCAAAGAAAAUGUAUAAAAGAAAGAAGGUUUAAAAGCUGAUUCAGUCUCCUCUGAUUGUAAACAGCAAUCAGAGUAAAUGUAAAUCAUUGUAAAUGUAGAAAAUCACUAUUCACCAGUAUAAAAGUAUAUUAAUAAUUAUUUAUUUCGUUAAAAAGCUAAUUUUGAGAUAAUAGGGCAAUUAUUGUGGCCUCUGAAUAAAAAAAAAUAAUUAUAAGAGCUCUGCUUUAUCAAACUUUGAAUGAUGCAAUCUCUAAUUAUUUCUUGUUGCAAUUUAAUAAGCAUUGAAUAAAAUUAAAAUUAUAAAUUUUGUUA